CCUCGAGUAGUACACACGUGCUUAGCAGCACCGCUUGCCCGCUACUUCAAGCCGCGCCGCGCCAGAGCCCAGACGGACGCCAACCAACUUUGGUGGACGCUAUCUGCAUUUGACAGUCGCCCGUCGCACGCGGCCGCGAGCGAACGCAACGCCGCCAUGGCCUGGUUCCUGACACUCCUCGUCGGGGUCGUCAUCCUGGCCGCCUUCCGCGCCUACAACAAGUACACGUCGGGGCGAUGUCGCUGCACGACCCGCCUGGACGGCAAGGUGGUCGUCGUGACGGGGGCUAACACGGGCAUCGGCAAGGAGGCGGCGCGGAACUUCGCGGCGCGCGGCGCGAGGGUGAUCAUGGCGUGCCGGGACCUCAAGAAGGCCGACGAGGCGAGAGACGACAUCGUCUCCUCCACGGGCAACGACAAUGUGCUGAUCCGGCCCCUCGACCUGCUGUCACUUCAGUCGGUGCGCGAGUUCGUGGCCGGGGUGGUGCGCUCGGAGCAGCGCCUCGACGUCCUCGUCAACAACGCGGGCGCGGGCGGGCUGCCACACAAGUACACCGACGACGGGCUGGUCAUGGGCAUGCAGGCCAACCACUUUGGGCCGUUUCUGCUCACCUGCCUACUCGUGGACCUGCUCAAGAAGACGCCAUCCAGUCGCAUCGUGACGGUGUCGUCCGCAGCGUACCCUUACGGCUUUUUCGACAUCGACAACAUGAACUGCGAGAAGGACUUCAACGGUUUCUAUCUCUACUGCAACAGCAAGCUGUGCAACAUCUUCAUGACACAAACCCUUGCCGAAAAGCUGAAAGGAACGGGUAUCACGGCAAACAGCCUUCACCCUGGCGUCGUGAAGACCGAUAUAUUUCGGAACGUCCCCAACGAGACGAUCAAGAGCAUCGCCUCUGCUGGCGUUGGCUUCUUCUUCAAGAAUGCGGAAGCGGGCGCGCAGACGAUCAUCCACCUAGCAGUGUCCAAAGAGGGAGGCCACGUGAGUGGGAAGUACUUCAUGGACCUAAAGGAGAGAGGUCUAGCCAGCGUGGCGAAGACCCCGGGCCUCGCCGAAAAAGUAUGGAAGCGGUCCGAGGACUUCGUUAAACUAGCUGAAAACGAACGGCCGUUCUAAGAAGCAAACGUUUUUAAAAGAAACAAACAACUCAGCUCAUCUUUUUCUACUUUUAUUCGGUACAUAAGGACAUACAGUUAACAGUAUCUUGAUAAGGAGAUGAACAGUUUAAGAAUUGCUACACAAUAAUGUUGAAGAUUGUUUCUGAAUAGAAACUUAGCUGUAACAUGAUCUCCAACAACUAUAAUUUAAAUUCAUUUUUGAUUAAAAACAAGAAAACUGUGUAAAUCAGAAACAAGUUGUUUUUCCUUUGUUCAUUUAAAAGAAGCUAGUGGAUUGAUGUAAAAAAGGUUUAUAAAUAUGUGCAUAGAUAGAUA